GGCGGUCGUUGCUCGGUACAAAAGCAAGCCUCUCAUCACUUUGUUGUGGUCUCAACUCAAACUGCACAAUGGCCGCACGAUUCACCGAUUAAUCUGCCACUAAGAAGAGAUUCCUGAAGCUGCUGUAGUCUUUUUUUUAUUGGUGCAGUUGUUAGUUUUGGCAGGUUUUGAAUUGCACCUCCCACCGUAGCGCACGGACUUGUGUUUUAAGCAGGCGGUGAAGUUCCUAACUAUUGUGUGAGCAGAAACCUUUUUAAACCAUGGAUUCUGUGGAUAUUGGCGCAGUUACCUCUACGGGAGGUAAUAAACGGCGUGUCAACAAGAAGAAUAGAGAUUGGCACAAACGGCUCCACCUCAGGAAGACUGCCGUUCAGCCCCCAACUAUGCAAAGUGAAGAUAAGCGUGGACCAAAGAAGAUAACAGAGGAGUGGGAGCAAAGCGCAGUGUGGCCUUCAUCAAAGAAGCCCCCCCAGGAAGCACAGCAGAGGACAAAUGACAGCGGAAAUACACUCAGGUUCACAUGCUCUCAAUGUAUGGACAACUUGGAAUAUGUUCACAGAGACUUGGUGAGACACUUUGAGGAAAAGCACAGAGGGAGCCCACCAGUCUUUUCCUGUCAUAUGUGCACUUUCAGUACACAUGAGUUCUCCUACCUUCAGGUUCAUCUUUUAAGCCACAAAGACACUUUUUCUAGUUGCAGCGUUUGUAAUGACAAUGUUCAACGCACAUGGCCUGAAUUCAGUGCACACCUGACUAUGUGUCACUGCCAAAAUGGCAAAUAUUCAUGUGAAAUGUGUCCAAAGUUCUCCACAGGCGACAUUAGAGUAUUUUUAGGGCACAUGUAUGCACAUAAUCUGGGCCUGGACGAAGCCAGUGAUGAGCCCAAAACAACCACUCAAGCUUUGCGUUGUCAGCACUGUGGCUACGAGGCAUCUCACAAAUUAUUGAUUACUAAGCACAUUAAAGCCGCCCAUGUUUGCCAGAACGGUAAUCAGAGGAAGAAGAAAAAGAAGGAGGUUCAUUCCAUAGCGAUGAAACCGAGCGACCCAAUCCCAAAAAUUAAGCCUCGAUUAACAAGAAGUGCAGUUAGGGAAAUGUGCUGGCUGACACAGGACUGUCUUUCUCUGCCAGGGAGAGAAUUCCUGGAUAAAUACUGCCAUCUGUCAGAUCCACAGACAACACUAGAGGAGACUCAACAGUUUUUGAUGAAAUCUGUUGCUGGGGAAACCGGUGACCAGAAAUGGACCAAGGCUCUUAAAACUGUUUUGACAAAUGUCCCUCAAGAUAUGAAUCUUCACCCGAAGUCUGAGAAUGGAAUAAUGUCGAACUCGUCAGAUCUUACUGUGUUGACGGUCAAGAACAAGAUAACGGUGGCUCAGAACGGUGCUACUUAUCCCAAAAAGUUGAAAAUGAUGACCUCGUCAGAUAAGGAAACAGUUUCCCCUGAAAGUGCUGCUGAUGAUGCUCAUUGUGUAGUUGACCAAAAUGGAUGUCAGUCAAAUUUGAACGAUCAUACGCCUUGUCCACAGACUGAAACCAAACUCACCAAUGAUGUCUCGAUGCCAGCCCAGAGUGAGCCAUCUGAGUGCGCUCAAAUGCAGGAAAACCGUGAAAAUCAGGAAUUACAGACUGAUCAGAAAGUCGAGGAACAUGGUCAAAGAAAUGAGGAGCCUAUGCAUGAGGAUGGGGUUAAACUCUCCAGUGAGCUGAAGUUGACAAAUGAUAGUGAAGAGCCGACAUCCGUUCAUAAAGUUGUACCAAAAAAUAAGAGACGCAAUCGAAGACGAAAAAGAAAGGCCAGAUCUAAAAGAGUGAAUAAAAUAUCAGCAGGAUUGGCCUUAAAGAUAGUUUUGAAGAAGAAUCCAGUGAAGGAGAAGCAGUGGGUGUCACAAAGCUCUGUGUCUCCAUCAGGAGGAGGUCCGACGGAUGAUGGACUGCCGAUCCCUCGUACAACAUUGGAGGAGACGGCGCUGAUUCUUCAAAAUGAAAUGAACCAGCAGAAAUGGACAAAAGCUUCCAAGCCCGACCCGCACGACCCCUCUGAAGCCAUCACUUCAAUUCUUCGAUCGAAGCCAAGAGAAGAACUAACCCCCAGUUGUGCUGCAAAGCCAAUGGGUUCUAAGAAUAUAGAAGGAAACUCGGCUGUCACGCUCGAAGGCUCGCUGUCAACGCAUCAAGAAAUGCAAGACGAGGUAGAGAAAUCACUGCAAUUCCUGGAAACCAAAGCUGAUGUGAGCGGUUCAGCUGGUAGGGCAGGCCAGUCGAAUUUGAGGGAUGCAGCCGUGACUGAAGUAGAGGUGGUGUGCCCCGAGAGCGCACGGCUCCAAACAUCAGGCAGUGGCAGGGGCCACUAUGUGUUGGACAAUAAGAUGAGUACAGCCUCUGAUGGAGUGACUCCUCGUAGCAGUUACACCAAGUCUUCCCCUGCUUCCCAACGUGUUAUUACACCACAGGAUGAGAUAAACUCUGAAGAUGUAAGCCUUGCCCUCUCUUUAGAGCAGAGUGUCGAGGGGAUGAGAGAAGUGCCUGCAGACUCCUGCCCAGAUCUUCUCAGCAACACCAACCUGCCUGCAGGGAAAGCCAUCCAACAGGAGCCAUCACCAGCCUCUGGGCACCAGUGGCAGCUGGUCCCAAAAAACCGGGAGAGGACCCUAAAGUUAGUAGCCAUAAAUCCAUCUCAGUUGGUAAAGCGUCCAGCGGGAGACCAGCCCGUUGUGGUGCUAAAUCAUCCAGACGCGGACAUCCCCGAGGUCGCCAGGAUCAUGGAGGUCGUGAACAGAUACAGAGGGGAGGUGCAGAAGGUCGUACUGUCAUGGAGGACCGUGAACGCGCUCUCAGCUAUGAACAGCAAGCUCCCUAAGACGGAUGACCCGACAGAUGCCCGACCCGAUUCUGCCAGGCAUGGUAAAAACUCUGUACAGGAGAGGUUCAUGUUGAAAUUGAAACUUCGUAGGUUGAGCAGGAAAAAGUACGAAGUGGUCGGCGUGGCCUCUCCCAGCAGGGAUGCCGCCGCGACCAAGUUCCGCUGCUGGUUUUGCGGCAGGGUCUUUGCAAGUCAAGAAACGUGGAUGGUCCAUCGGCAGCGACAUCUGAUGGAGUGGAAAAGGCCAAACUGUGAAAACUCUUAAAUGUCGCACACACUGGAUGAUAAACAGCCUGGAAAAAGAUGACUUUGCAAUACAACAAAACAAUAAUGGAAACGCUGAUAGCCAGCCUCCUCAUUUUUUUUAAAAGUCUUAAUUAUGAUUGGUUGUUUUUGAGGAGAAUCACAUGAUUAUCUCGCUUCCUGGAGGGUUUACAUUCUCAGGGUAAUUUAAACAUUUACCUGUUGUCUCUCUCCCAGUUUGACUAGCUACAAACUCUUAUGUAGGUUAUUUGCCACAAGGACGUGGUCUGGAUCAUUUAGUUCUUUGUAUUGUUUGUACUUUGUCUACGCAAUAGCUUUAUUUAAGGUGAUUUAAGUACACUGUCGUAUGGAAUCUUUUUAUAGAACACUGUAAUAUGUAUAUUUGCCAUAACACCUGAAUUUUAUGAAUCAAUUAUGUACGGGUAGGCUAUACAGCGUGGUAGCUAUCAUAUUUAUGUUUCUGGAAUGGGACGCAGAGACCCACAAGUUACUCAGAUAUACCAAAACUGUGUGUUUAAAAAAAAAAAAAAA